AUGCCUGCGAAACAAGCAGAAAACAAGCCAUUGGAGAGCCGUGCCAAACCAGUUGCAAUAUGCCCCGAGUACAUCACCACAUCACCUACUAUGAUUAUCAUUAAACAACACAACAUGUGGAAAGAUUUUACCUGUUUUCAUGCCAACUCAAGUGUUCUUUUCCAUGUCAACAGGAAACAUUUUAGCAACAGCAAGCACUACAAUUUCAUUGACCCCAAUAAUGGCACUUUGCUGUUCAAACUCUGGAGGCAGUUCUUUAACAUCAAGGAACACUUUUAUCUCAAGUUUCCUUCUAGUAGUGCUAGUGAUGAAGAAGAUGUCAGCAGCUCACUCUCUGCUACAGUGGUGUGGAAGGGUUGGAACAACUUCAAUGUUACCUUGAACAAUAUGGUGGUACCAGGCACUGCCAAGGGCAAGCAGACUACUCUUGAAAUGCAAGCACUCACCUACAGGCACUUGGCUUUUGCUGUUUACCUGGAUGGUGCAAAAAUUGUUGACCUCUGUAAGAUUCCAUCACGUGAGGCACCUGAUAGGAUCCCUUGGCCUGAUGGUAAAAAACCUUGCAGAACAGGUUAUGCUGCCUGGGAGGUAGAUGUUCUGGCAGGAGUAGACUUGUUGCUGGUGAGUUUCUAA